GUCUUCGCCGACUACGACCACCACUACGGCGGCGACUGUACUGUUCUGCUUCUGGCUGCUUACGACCUGCUACUGCUCCAUACUAGCCGCGUCGUCCUGCUGCUGCGUCAAGACUCGGUCUCGCCAGCCGCGCGUUGGUUCGGCUUUGUUGGGUGGCCCAAUACCACCGACCGCCGCGCCCGCUUCUUUCCCUUUCCCUCCCCCUCCCUCCGACCCCCCAGCGCCUGCCCCCAUUCCCAAACGCCUUGUACUUCCUUGCGCUCUCUCGUUUUUCAUCCUACUCUUCGCUUACCUCCCACUCCAACACCUCUGCCGAACCACGCCCCAACCGCCAACUUUUCGUCGCUCGCUCAAUCGCCUGGCCGUCCAGGGCGUCCAGCUCCCAAGGGCUCCGCUCGCUUCUCCACGCCCGCUGAUCUGUGCUCGUUAUCUUUAAGCCAAGAAUCAUUCCGUCAACUCCCCAGCAUCCCAAGGCUUGCGUUCUUCAGGUUCGUGCGAUAGCUGCCAGCACCGCCAAAUUUCCACAUCGCUGCAGCGGACAAUAGCGUGCUUCAGACAUGGCGACCAUGACACAAUCGCCCUCCAAGGGCGCUGCUGCUGCCGGCGGCGCCGACCAUCACCAGCGACUUUCGAUGCGCCCUCGUUCAAAGUCCGCAUUCAGCGUCACCAGCGACAACAGUCAUAACUCGCGCCGUUCCGGCGACAAGGAGAAGUUGAAGGAAUCGCACGACGAGAAAAAGAAACUUGCCUUUUCGAAUACCACAAAGGCCAAUCCAAACGCCGCCAUAAACGAGAUGCAGCCCGUUGCCCAACAACUCGAGAAGGCCACCAUUGGCUCUCUACGUGCGAGCCAAUACUUCGAUAUGAACGGAGUGCCAAUAACCGAUCCGGAUUAUUCGAACCCCACACGUCGCCGCACUGAACGCCCGCUCGAGACGAUCAUGUCAUUUGAGGCUGCUAUCGAUCGUGAAUACAAGCGGCAGCGUGAUGCUGCUAGAGAAGCUGCACGGCAGUCGUAUUACGAAAACGGCGGCGGUCAGGAUAGCGGAUCUGAAAGCCGACGCUCUUCGUACUGGGGCGGCGGAGAGUACGCUGGCAAUGGCUACUACAACCACCCACAGUCGCGACGCAACGGUUACUUCGAUAAUCCCCCGUCUCGCAACAAGUUUACUGCUCGAAUGUACUCGGACCAAGGGGUUCAACGGUACAACUAUGGUAACAACGGCUACCCUUAUUCUACGCCGGGAUACGGUCAGACCCGAGACACGGUCAACACCGGAGGCUCCAAUGGCAGCGCCAGUGAUCAGUGGCACAACUCUACCGAUCCUAGCAGCGACAACUCGUCCAUCGAACGGAUGAGAGGAGAGCACGGCGAGUCGUACGGUUACCCAACACCACAGCGUGAGCCUAUCUCGGAGGAUGGGCACUACACUUACACGAACGGCCCUGGCUAUAAUUCUGCUUACAUGAAUGGUGGCAACAGUGGACCGGGUGGAAGCAACGGAUACUUUGGGCAACAGUACAACAACGGUGCUCCGGCUCCCCCGCCAAAGGUAACGCAAGGAGGUCCUGUACAGCCACCGGCAAGGCAGCCUAUUAAACUCGACAACUCAACGAGGCCUGACAUUAUCCCCGGCGGCACAAGGACUCCCGCACCGGAGAAACGUAAGAGUUGGUUGAAGCGGAGGUUCAGCAAGAACUGAUGAUGAUUCACCAAACCUCCUUGUCCGCAGUUUCGUUUGCUUUACCACUUUUAUGAUACCACAUUCCUUGAUACUGGGGUUCUGGCAAGGCCAGCUGGACGCAGGAUGAAAUGACUCGACUCAAAUAUGCGUAGCAGAGGCCGCUGCAUGGUUGGAAGCUGUCCAUAUGCUAAAAUGUAAUGAUUCGAAUGUUUUUCACAUAAUUUGUUUUCUUUUGCCUUUUAAAACAGAUGUCAUCACGCACGCACAAUCUCCUUUCUCAGGUUCUGCUAAUGAGAGGGAGCAAUCGUCUCCAAUUGUUCAUGUGGGAUAAGGGGCGCUUAAGCUAGAACAGGGAUAUUGGGCACGGCUUGCAGUAUCAAAGACCUUUUUAAUGUCAGCUGGAAAGUGAUGACGGGAAGCGACUUGGUGUUCAUUUGGCAUUGUACAUAUUCCACCCCGAAAGAAGAAAGAGAGGUGAAGGUAUUAAAUUCGUACUAUUGUUUUAUUUCAGGUUCUCG